AUGGGUGACCACGAGAAUGUACUCACACUGGAAGAACAAGAAGAACAGCUCUGUUACCUAGACAGGUACGACGUAAACGAGCUAAUCGGAGGAAUAGAUCACAAUGACGCAGAUGCUCAGUGCAACGAAAGUAACAGCGUAUGCGAGUAUGAAGUACCGUUCCUUCUGUGCAAGGGGGACAGCAACAUGGAGAGCAACCGGGAAGAGUCUGAAAGAAACUCCAUAGUCAGUUACCUCGACGAUGGAGCGUCCACUAUCAUUUCGAAGCAAGAUGAAGACAACGCAACGGAAGAAGAUUCAGUAGGAAAAACAAAAACAAAAAAAAAACAAAUAAACCAAGUGAGAGGGAAAGGGAAUGGGAAAAACGAACAAACAGCAAAGGAAAAAAUUAACAUUAUUUUUAUACCCAGUGAUGGAAGUGGACUUGAAAACUUUGAAGAAAUUCUCUCCAUGAAAAAUAUGAACAGUGAACAUGUAGAAAAAAAAUUAAACGAAAAAUUUUAUCAAAUAUGCUGCAAAAGUGUUGCAGAUAUAAACACAUACAAUUUAAGUAAAGUGAGGAAAGCAAGUGAGAGGCAAAGAAGGGGGACUCUCCAUGUAGAACACAUCGAUUAUGGGGACAUUUUUCUCUCCAUAAGGGAUUCCGUGACUAGGAGGGAAAGGAGAAACAACAGGAACCUUCUUCUGCGGGAUGACUCACGUAGGCAGCUUGGAGGAAGGAAGGAGCAUCAACAGGCAUUACUGGGUAAGAGACAGGUUAAGAAUGCGUACAAUUAUCGCUUUAACGGUGGGAACUUCUUCAAGUCGUACAGAAAAAAAGACACUGUUUAUUGUCACCCCAUUGGAGAUCGUGUUAUAGAAAAGGGAGCUAGCUACUCUCGUAGGAGGAGAAGAAUUGCUGCUCCAUAUAUCCAUCACCACUUAGCAGGCAAUAAGAGGAGGAACUACGUCCCCCCUGCGGACGAUCGGCAUAUCGUUCCAUAUGAUGAAGUUACUCUCGAGGACAGGAAGUUUGUAUCAAAUUUGCAUAUAAACGGGAGUGGGAAAAAACAAAAUGUUAUGUACGCUGCGGGUGAAUAUGAGGAGAAGAAGGGUUCACCUUUCUCAGGAGAUAAAAUUGCACCGAACAAUGUCCUCACUCUUUCGGGGCGGAGCCCACGUGGUGCAGAUGAGAGACUCCAGGAGGGGAAAAUAAGUAGAAGUCUCCUCCCCCCUGUGCAAGAAGAAAUACAUUUCUGUGAGGAGCAUGUUGGGGGGGAAGAACAGUAUUACCUCUCGAGGGGGAACAACGAUGAAGUGGCACAUCGUGAAGUGACACCACGUGAAGUGACACCACGUGAAGUGGCACAGCGUGAAGGAAACGCCACUACAAUUGUGGAAAUUAGCCAAAGGGACAAACAACCACAGGAGCAGGCAGUAACAAAUAAUGCAUUGGAAUUAAAUUUAGUUUUUGACUCCGGGGGGGUUCCUCCUCCCGAGGAAACAUGCAGCCAGGACGCGGGUGCUGAAGAGAAAAACGACGGUUAUGCAUGUUGGGCGGAUACCCAACCAGGUGAGGAGACAGCAGAGGGGAAUGGCGCAGCAGGGGAUGACGCGGCAGGGGAUGAUGCAGACGUGGGAAAAGGGGAGGAAAGCACAAGCCCUCCCAUUCAUGCUCACCAAACGGAAGCAAAAGAAAACACUACACCCAAUGAGGAGAACGACAGUGAGGUUUGCCAUUGGAGAGAAGUGGAGGGUGCAUGUGACGAAUCGGUAGUCAGUUUGAGGAGUUUGAAGAAACCAGGAGGGGAUGAAGGAAACCCCUUUUUAUCCAGUAGGGAAGAGAAAGAAUAUUUUGACCUGCUGGUGAGAAGGUAUGAAAAGACGAAAUUGUCUCUGGACGGCAGUGAGGUUUUGUCGGUGAGUGUUAGCGAUGCGCCAGGGGGGGCGGCGUCGGUUGCUUCGGUCGCGUCGCUCGCAAUGGUGCAAGAUGUAGAAGUUGAAGUGGCUGAAAAGGUGGAGAAGGUAAAUGAGAACUUUGUGGAGGAGCCCAAGACGGAAGAUCGAGCGAGUCAAAAGGGUGGGGAAGAAGAACCAACAGGACAACUCUCAAUGGAUGGCGCACCGGAUGAUGAACCGGAUGAGGACACCCCCCAAAUAGGGAGGUACGAGGAGCUGCUCGAAAACGACAUGUGCGAUUUGUACAACCUGAAGAUGCACGAUUUGAAGACGCUAAAAGAGUGCGAUUUUGGUUCCUCAAAAAAUUUACUCAUAAAGGAUAUCUUUAUGUGCCAUGGGACCAUGUUGAAGGAAGACGAGGGUCCAUUGGACGCUGUGGACAUGGAGGAUGCAGCAGAGGGGAGAAAUGAUGAAUCAAUUGAUGAAGACGAUGGUGAAAUUAAAAGCUUCUUAGCGAAACUGAAGGCAGAUGUGAGUAGCCAAAUAAAUUUGAACAACGAGGACAAUGAGCAGGCAUUUUAUUUAUUAGAUUCUAUGCAUGCGAAUGAUUAUAACAAUUAUUGUGAUGGGGGACACGACCUGUUCCAGGAUGAUCUCAACGAAGGAGAGAAUUUUCCUGUGGGGUCCAAGUUGAAUCUGUCCGAUUUGGAUGAUGACGUUGGUGGUGGCACGGGGGGUGCAGGGAUGGAUGCUGCGGUGCAGGCUCGCACCCCGGGAAGAACAGGAGGAGGAUACUUGUGCGAGACCCCGAGGAAAAUGGAGGAAGAGAAAAAGGACACCGAAUGUCAAACAGAGUUUCCCCUCGAUUUUUCAAGGAAUACAAACAGAACCCCAAGAAAAAAAAGUGUAGAAGUAAUAUUAGUGAAGAAAAGACUUAAGAGGAUGAAAGAGGAGAAGGAUGAUGAAGAGGUACAGGAGGGACAAAAUGAAUUGGGAGUGAGUCACACAGACCCAAAAGCUAGAUGUAGAAGGUACCCAAAGAGAAACAGAAUUAAAACUUUGCGUUACUGGAUUGGAGAAAGGGAGCUUACCAAGAGGAACCCAUACACAGGGGAGAUUGAUGUUGUAGGUUUUAGUGAGUGUACUAAUUUAGGAGAUCUGUCUCCUCAUAUUAUUGGUCCAAUCAAAUAUAAGACUUUGAAUCUGAGGGACAUGUAUCCUUUGAGUGCAGAUGAGGAGGAAGGUGCACGUCAUCGUGAUGGGGGUGACUCUGUGAAUGGCGACUCUGGUGAUGAACUUGCUGGUUUCCACACGGAUGGUCACGCAGAUGUACGAGUGAAGACACAUGGCAGUGAUCAUCUGGGGGUGGGGGAAAGCAGGAAGAGACGCAGGAGCGAGCAGAAAGGGGCACUUAAAGGAGAUGAUAAUGGAGAGAAGGAAGAGCAGCAUAACUUCGAUCGAGUGGCCACGCGACUGUCCAGCCGAAGCGACAACGCUUCCAAAAAAAGGAGGAAAAGGAAAUUCAUCAACAUUGUUAAUUAUAUUAAAAAGAGAAGAAAAAAAAAGUUGGUCAAGAGUGUUGACAAGGGGGAGGGAGAGGAACAGGCGGCGCUGCUCACCAAGGGGGAUGAGAAGCAAGUUGGAAGUGACCUUGAGCAGGGUGAUGCGGCAGGCAAUGCGGAUGAUCCUGCCGGAUGUGACAACCUAUUUCACGAUGCGGGCAGCUGGCACUUCGAUGAGGACGCAUCGCCAAGCGAAGCGUUACCGGGAAAAGAAGCAUCAAGUGAAGAAUUACCAAAGGGGGAAUCGUCAUACGAGUUGCCACCCGUCGAAGGGGCGGAUCAGCUGGUUGCCAUUGAGGGAGGUUUGGAGGAGGUGGCCAAAGAGAGCAAAAUGGAAAGGGAAGACGAAGAGGUGAAGGGAGCAAACAGCGACGGGAGUAACGAAACCACCAAGGACUCUGUAAAAAACUUCUCCGAGAAAAGGGAAAAAAUGCAAAACAAGAAAAAAGAUGGAAAGGAUGAAAAAGACGAAAAAGAGAGAAGAGACAAGAAAAAGAAAAAAGAUGAAAAAAAAAAAAUAAAAGAAAAAAAAAUCGAUCAGAUGUAUAAAGAGUUGUUAUUGUUCAAUUUGGACUUUCUGCCCCCCGGCGGGAAGAUGAAAGUGUCUAGGGGCGCCAAGAAGGACAUAACGAAGCGGAGGAAGGACAAGAAGGAACACAAGCAGGAACAGAAGCAGAAGAAGGAGGAGGGGCAGAUAUCAGGACAGCAGCAGGAUGAAGCUCGAGAGGGACAAGACAAAGAGGACGCGCAGGUCAAUGAAAACACAGCCCUCGAUUCGGAGCUAAAUGAACAAAAGGUGGUUACCAUUUUAAGGACAGACGAAGUUGGUAGCACGAGUGGUGAGGAGGCAGGUAGUAGCAAGGUUGAAUCCAAGGAGGAGAUUAAUAAUGGUACAGCUGACAAUGUAGAAAAGGAUUUACCUCCGAGUGACGAUCUGCUUAUGGAGGCGAGUCUUGUUGAGAGUGAGGGAGAGCCCCUGCUUGGUGAGCAGCAUGAGUAUCGUCAACAGAGCAAGGAUAACACGGACGAUGUGAAGACAGACACAGUCAUUUCUGCUAACGUUGAUGAAGUGGACGAAUGUAUGGAGCGCUUAGUUCAGUCAAUUACAAAUGAGACGAAGGGGGGUCCUACUACAGGGGAGGACGAGGAGGAGGAGGGUCAUACCAGCCUGUGGGAAGACAAUCUGGGGGCUCUCACCCAAGGAAGCAUCACUCAGGACGAAUCGGACGUACCUGUAACAAAUGCACAAAAUGACGGAGCAAAAUUAAAUCAUACGAAAGAAGAAACAAAUGAUGAAGAGAGCAAAUUCGAGAGGAAUAAAAAGACAACGAAGAUAGUUCCCAUGCAAGGCGAAACGGAAAUGGCACAUGUACAGAAGGACUCACUAAAUGAAGUACCGUGUAGUAACAAUACAGAUGGUCAUGUGGAUGGAGAGGAAAAGAAUGAAGCAGCACUCUGUACCAAGUCCAGUAGAAAUUAUAAGACCGUUUUGAAGAAAGGCAUGUCUGUAAUAAAAGUUGUGCAUUUUAAUGUGGAUAGAAGAAAGCAUAGGAGGAGCAAAACUGGGGGCGUACAAAAUUUCAUGUCCAUGAGGAGGAGAGGUGUGCAGGCAGAAAAUGGGGCCAACGGAAUGGGUGAAGUGGUCGAUGGACUGUACGAAGCGACCAAUACAUUUCACAGAGUGAAUAUUCCCCAGCUGCUCAGACUUAAGAGCUCCAUCAUUACAGAGAGUUGCAUUUGUCGAAAGUUCACACUUGCCACUGGUAACCUGUUUAGCGACGUUAAGGUGAACCUCAGCCUGUACAGCGUCCGGAUGAUUCCAGGAGAAACAUACAGCUCAAACAGCCUCCACCACAACUUGGUGGGGUACGUCGACGCAGGGGAGAAGAUUAAAAUCGUCCUGGGUAGCCAGGAGAGGUGUGUCGAAAGGGGUGACUUUUUUUUCAUUCCUCGGUUUCACAAUUUCGUGGUGGACAAUUGCAGCAGGUGA